AUGAGCAUUGGCCCUAGGCGUUUUAUUGCACGGGAGGGGUGCUUAACUACGCCGUCCGUCUACCAUGCCGCGGUUGUAAUUUUCCUGGAAUUUUUUGCAUUUGGGUUAUUAACGUCGCCAAUGAUUUCUGUUUUGGACGAAGCAUUCCCAAAACACACCUUUUUGAUGAAUGGGUUAAUCCAAGGCGUAAAGGGUUUUCUCUCCUUCCUCAGCGCUCCUCUUAUAGGGGCGCUAUCAGACAUCUUCGGCAGGAAACCCUUCCUUUUUCUGACAGUCACUUUUACGUGUUCUCCAAUUCCUUUUAUAAAAUUGAGCCACUGGUGGUAUUUCACAAUGAUUAGUAUUUCGGGAAUAUUUUCCGUCACCUUCUCUGUCAUUCUGGCGUUCGUUUCUGAUGUUACCACGGUGGAGAACAGGACUUGGGCUUACGGACUUGUUUCUGCAACCUUUGCAGCCAGCCUCAUCAUUUCGCCUUCCUUAGGCGCCUUCCUGGAGAAAGCAUACAGUGAAAGCUUCGUCAUCACUCUGGCAUCCCUCAUAGCCCUCUCCGAUGUUCUCUUUGUUCUCUUCUGCGUCCCCGAGUCUCUCGAUAGCUGCGCCAACAGCAGUGGCGGUGGCGGCUACGGAUGCGGUAGCUGCGCCUCCUGUGGAGCUGUGAAACGUAUUUCUCUCGCGGCACCGCCCUCCCCCUCUAGUCAAUCAGUUUGCGUAAAUUCCAGUGAACAGCCCACUGUGGAGCGAAGCUGGCCCAUCACCUGGGACAAGGUGGAUCCAUUUGGCGCCCUGCGUCACAUCAGUCGGGGUCGUCUUACGCUCUUGGUCUGUUUGACAACCUUUCUCUCCUACCUACCCGAAGCUGGGGAAUACUCCUGUUUCUUCGUGUAUCUCCGAUUGGUGAUCGGAUUCAGCGAGGAGAACGUGGCUCUCUUCAUUGCAAUCUGUGGUCUCUUCUCGUGCAUUGCUCAGACCUGCGGCCUGGGCCUGCUGAUCUCGUGCCUGGGGGCGAAGCAUGCGAUCAUCGUGGGGCUGGCCUUUGAGGCCUGCCAACUAGCCAUGUUCGGUUUCUUCAGCUCCGCGUGGAUUCUUUGGUUAGCGGGCUGUGUGGCGGGCCUCGGAAGCAUCACCUAUCCCGCCCUCUCCGCCUUCCUCUCCAACCACGUCAAGGCUGAUCAGCAGGGGCUCACUCAGGCACGCGACGAAUCUUUCAAUACGGACGCCUUUGCCGUCGAGCACGACGGUCUUCUCACUGGUAUCCGCGGUCUUUGUGGAGGUCUUGGUCCUGCUGUCUAUGGUUUCAUUUUUUUUAUCUUUCAGGUGGACUUGAACUACCGGCCCUCGAACCAAUCUCUUUUGGGCGGUUCUCUAGCAUCGGGGCAAAAUGAAGUGCUGUCGGGUGAGAACCAGACCUUCCAGAGUCAGUUGCAAUUGCUUCAUCGGGUAUGGACAUUCAUCCCGGGUCCACCCUUCGCAUUCGGCGCAUUUCUUGCCCUCUCAGCAAUUCUGGUAGCCAUCCUCAUUCCGGACAACAACGCUUAUCUUAUCCUCCCCACCACUGCUUUCGGAACCCCUGCCUCCACCGCCAGCCCCGCUAAUUUGCGUCAUCUGAGUCACGGUAUAUCUUCAAACUCGGAGAGCAGCGCAAACCUCCUUCUGGCUUGCGAGGGAGAGGAGGUGGAGGGUUUUGGCGUCUCAAAUCAGGAGGCGGAGUGUCCCUCCUCCAAUUCCCAUUUUAUCGUAUUUGCAUCCAAUACCACCGACAGAAGAAGACGCCUUCGAGACAAUCGACACCACCGCCAACCCUCGGCCAGCAAGAUUCCUCGCACUCAGCCCACACCGCCUCCCACCACCACUGCGCAAACAUUCUUCCAGGCUCACACUAAGCUUGCAAACCCGCUGCUUCGAAUGAUCUCCAGUGGCUUUCGUCAGCGCCCUAACUCAUUCCGGCCCCAAUCCACUAUCGCCACCUCCAGUUCCAACUUCUUUGGUGACCUGCAGACACGCGAAACGGAGGCUGCAGACCUGGCCAAUUUUCGAGUGCCAUGCAGAAUCUCUGAAGGGGUCACUGGAGGUGGUGGUGGCAACGAACCUGAAGCUUUUUCUCUUCCGCAAUCGUCAAACUUCGCCCCCUCUGGUGGCGAUUCUGCAUCACAUCAUGGCGCCCAUACACAUUCUCCAUCCCCUCAGUCGAUGUAG